AUGGUCCCCACAGACCCCCUUUGGGCAGUCCAAGCCGGCCAAUCUGCCCAGUACCUAGCAAAGUAUCAAAGCCUGGCCAAAGAUCUGCAAAUCUGCAUCGUACCGGGUACAAUCAUCGAAACACACACAGGGUCCGACCAAUCAACCCUGUUCUACAAUACAGCCUAUUUUAUCUCAAACGAUGGUACUGUGCUCGGCUCCUACCGCAAGAAGAACAUAUGGCAUCCGGAACGACCCCACCUCACCUCCUCAGGCCUAGAGCCCCAUGUGGCCAUCGAUACCCCGAUUGGCCGCGUGGGGAUACUGAUCUGCUGGGAUCUGGCUUUCCCCGAGGCAUUCCGGGAACUGAUCGUCGACGGGGCACAGAUUGUGAUUGCGCCUACAUACUGGACCCCUCACGACGCCUCCCUCGAGGCCCGCGCGUAUAACCCAGAUUCUGAAGCCCUGUUCCUCGAGUCGACCAUAACAUCACGUUGCUUUGAGAAUACCUGUGGUGUUGUCUUCGCCAACGCUGCUGGGCCAUCGGAGGAUUUCUUAGGCUUGUCGCAGAUUACCCUUCCACUGGUGGGGCCGAUCGCUAAGAUGGGGACUGAAGAUGGAUUCAUCGUUGCCGAUGUGGACGUGGGGGCCAUUGAGGCUGCUGAGAGGAAUUACAAGGUGCGAGAGGACUUGAAGAAGGUGGAUUGGCAUUAUGUUUAUCGGCAUACCAGGCGGAAUUAG